AUGUACGAUGGUAUCCUUCGAAUUGAAAAGCCGGACGUAGUGAACUUAGUUGGGUAUGCAGACGAGAUUGCAAUAGUAGUACACCAAGUGGCUAGGAAUUGCAAUGCUACUAUUGUAGCAGCUAAAUCGUGGUUGCAAUACAAUACAGUACAAUCUAGCCCCCAACUUACGUAUCUCGGUGUUACCCUAGAUAGUAGGUUGAGUUUCAAAACUCACCUAAAGCAAUCGGGAGAAAAAGGCGCACGUACUUGCAACACAUUAUCCCGGUUAAUGCCAGACAUAGGAGGCCCCAACGACACCGCUAGAGUUCUUUUAGCAUCAGUAUCCAAGUCGGUGAUGCUAUAUGCUACUCCUGUGUGGGCGCAUGCUACAACCAGAAAGUCGUAUUCACGCGUAACGAAAAGUGCACAUAGAUUGUCAAACUUACGCAUCUGCCGUGCUUACCAUACAGUAUCGGACGAAGCUGCGGGAGUAUUGGCUGGACGUAUGCCAAUAGACCUUGAAGCACUCUUGGCCACAGACAGUAUUUUCCUAUGUUCUCGUCUACGAAUGACUGAAACUGAGCAAUCUUUGUCAGAUUCUUAUCUAGAAAUAAGAGACAAAUACCUUAAUGAAUGGCAACAUAGGUGA